AUGACAUCCUUUGACAUAACAAAGAGUAGUUUGAUUUUACGGAUAAAUAUAGAGGCAAACAUGACAGCAACAUCACAAUUACACAAAAGUACUACAUAUCUAUCAGUGGCUAUAAUAAAUGGUGACUCCAUGGGAGGAACUGGUUGGCAAAUGACUUCCCCGAAAUUCUUGAGUCUCAUUGAACUCAGACAACAAUCCUGCUUGUGCAUUUGUUUCAUCUUUCCCAGUUACAUUACCACCUAUGCAUUGCACCUUCUUCUAAAUCACGGUGUCAGUUCCUUGGUUGAUGGCAUGUGCAACAUACCACGUGGGAAAUAUUGGAUUCAGUUACAGUUACCCUUAAAGAAGGUUCAGCAUCUGAUUGCAGAAGUCGGUGAAAUUCUGGCUAAUGAUACUGUAGAUAAGGCUGGUUUGGGGAAAAACAAACUCACUGAUCAGUCAUUGGAGCUUUUUUAUUUUUUACCUCAAGCAAUUCAAGACAUUUGCUUGAAAGUGAUCCACAUGGAAAUGUUCAGGCUAGGGUUUACUUUAAUAAAAUACAACGCUUCUAAUAGUGAUAAGCUGGAAAGUUAUGAGGAUGAAGAGUAUGUGAGUGAUGAGAUGGAUAGCUCUGACCCAGAUUUAUCUGAUAGUGAUAAAGGGAAAGUGCCAAAGUUUGAAAAGUUUAGGAAAGAGCAUUUAAUUAAGGAUUUUAAAUUUCAGUGGGUGAAAAUCAAACUGUAG